UACGCAGAGUACAAAUUAAUUAUUUUACCAAAAAUUUUGUAAUGCAAGUGCUGGAAUUUACCUUUAAAGUGUUAACAAUAUGCGGUUGUUGGCGACCAGAGUCAUGGACAUCGAAAUAUAAACGCAUAAUAUAUCGAGUGUACACAGUUUUAAUAAUUUUGUUAGUAAAUAGUUUCACACUGUCGCAAUUUAUGGAUAUAAUUCUUAUCGCAGACAAUCCCGACGACGUUUCUGAUAACUUUUGCAUACUGCUCCCUAUGUUUAUUUCUUGUUACAAACUGCUCAGUCUAUUAGCAAAUCAUAAACGUAUUGUCAAAUUAACUAAUAUUUUGACAAAGGAACCGUGCAAACCGUCAAAACCGAAUGAAAUGAAAAUUUACUAUAAAUUCGAUAAAGGCAUACAACUUAACACUUUUCAUUAUGCAGCUCUGGGCUUAGUGACAUGCAUCUCUAUUACAUUUAUAUCUUUAUUGACGGAUUUCGGUGAAAGGAAAUUAACGUACAGAGCCUGGGUGCCGUUCGAUUAUUCAUCUACGAUCGUAUUUUGCAUGUUAUACGCUCAUCAGCUGAUAUGUUUGAAUAUGGCUGCAUUGUUGAACGUCGCUUGCGACGGUCUCAUCUGCGGAUUAUUAGUGCACAUUUGCUGCCAAUUUGAAAUCUUGGCAUAUCGUUUGAGAAAAAUCAUGCUUUAUUCAAACACUCUUCGUAAUUGCGUGCGACAACAUUGCAAGAUUUUCAGAUUUGCUGUUAUUGUAAAUGCAACAUUUAGAAUGGUUAUUACUACGCAACUUUUAAUAAGUAUGUUGGUGGUAUGCUUCAAUCUCUAUCAAUUAACUCAAAUGGGGAUAAGCGCAAGAUGUAUUCGAUUAGCAAUGUUCAUGUGUUGUAUGCUGACACAAAUUUUCGUCUAUUGUUGGUAUGGCAAUGAAGUUAAAUUAAAGAGUCGCCAAUUCAUUGAUAGCAUUUUUCAAAUUGAAUGGUUAGAGAUGGACACACAUUUAAAAAAAUCUUUAAUAAUAAUAAUGAAGCGUACAACAAUGCCUAUCGAAAUCACGAGCGCUUACACUAUUUCGAUGAAUCUUGAUUCUUUUAUGGGUAUACUUAAAACGUCAUAUUCCGCUUACAACUUGCUUAAACAAAUGUAAUGAAAUUGACUUAUA